AUGUCCAACUCAGCUUCCACCUCACUCCAAAACCCUGCCAUCGCAGCUCUCAUUGUAUCCCACUCGCGCUCUUUCGAUCUGAUUUCUCUCAUCUAUACGAACAAAUCUCUCAGUCCGAUCGCCGAGCGUGCAUUGUAUCGAUCCCUCGUCUUCAGCAAUCCGCAGACUGCAUAUCGCGCUUGCCUCACCCUUCUCGACGCCCCGAGGCUCGCUGCCUAUGUUCACACCCUUGCGCUUACGCCACGGCGUUCGGCGUCUCCUCUUGCAAAUCUCCCACGCCAUUUCUGGGAGACACUACACGACGUGCUGACAAAACUCCCCAGUCUCCAAUCACUUGUCUUUCCAGACCCAUACGGUGGCGAUGCUAGUCCGCUUGCGAGCGCUACUUCCUUCUCGUGGGUAUUCCCACUGGAAGUGCCUUUCACGUUGCGCGACGCGCAGAUAAUGUUCCCGUAUGAUGCCCACAUUGCCGCGUUUGUGGCGCGCCAGCGCAAACUGCGCACGCUUCACACCGCAGAAGAUGUGGAUGGCCAAGAGAGCCCCACGUUCCCUGACCUCCGGGUAUUUGAUGGCCCCAUGGCCAUUGCCUCGCAGCUGCUCACGAGUCCCCUCACGCAUAUGCAGACGUUUCAACACAACGAAUCCGACUUGAUUGCCUUUAUCCCGAAGCUUAGAUGUCUUCGCAAGUCUUUACGCUCCUUGAGCUUGCAUUACGUGCCGGAGAAUCGAGUCGCAGAGACCGUGGGACACAUCGGGAGAUACUGUCCUGACAUUCGACAUAUUGGGGUGCUCUCCCUGCCGGCGACACAUCGCACAGAGCUUCAUUCGCAGUUAAUCUCCUUCGCUAUGUUGGAGUCUCUUGAAGUCGACCUCACUCGAGGCUGGGUUCCGCAGCCAGCACCACCAUUGCAGCGUGUCUUGGCAUCAGAGCUACGGAUAUACUGCCCCACCUUACGGGUGUUUAUGGUGUGGUAUGGAUCCCAUCACUUUGUUUGGAAAUUAGAAGACGAUGGAGGUCAAGGAAAAUGGAGGCUGAGCCAAGAAAGCGCUGGUAUAGGAUGGGAAACGGUGUGA